UCACUUUACCAUUUGCCGCCUUCAGGCUUCAUCGCAACUCUGUAGGCGUCGUCUGUGUUUUCUCAGUGCCAUCACUGUUCGAGGGCUAGAAUGGCUUUGGAAAGUGUCCCAUGUAUCAAGCUAGGAAGCCAGGGAUUGGAGGUCUCCAAAUUGGGUUUUGGUUGUAUGGGUUUGACUGGAACUUACAGUGCCACCUUAGCAGAGGAAGACGGAAUUGCAGUCAUAAAAUAUGCUUUUGAGAGGGGCAUUACAUUUUUUGAUACUUCAGAUGUAUAUGGAACUAAAUCCUUGAAUGAAGUCCUAAUUGGAAAGGCAUUGAAGCACUUACCUCGAGAUAAAGUCCAAUUAGCAACAAAAUUUGGUAUAUACAUGGUUACAGAAACAGAGCUCGUGGCUAAGGGUACACCAGAGUAUGUUCGCCAAUGCUGUGAAGCCAGCCUUAAACGCCUUGAUGUGGAUUAUAUUGAUCUUUACUAUCAACACAGGGUGGAUACAUCAUUACCCAUAGAGGAAACUAUUGGGGAACUUAAAAAGUUAGUGGAAGAGGGAAAAGUUAAAUAUAUUGGGUUGUCUGAAGCUAGUGUGGAUACCAUAAGGCGUGCACAUGCUGUGCACCCAAUCACGGCUGUACAACUCGAGUGGUCCUUAUGGUCUCGUGAUAGUGAAGAUGAGAUAAUCCCUUUAUGCAGGGAACUUGGUAUUGGAAUAGUGCCCUAUAGCCCCCUUGGUAGUGGCUUCUUUGCUGGGAAGGCAGUUGUGGAAAGUCUGCCUAAAGAAACUAGCUUGGCAGCUCAUCCAAGGUUCAAGGGAGAAAACCUUGAAAAGAACAAGAUCAUAUACAUGCGCCUUGCAAACUUGGCUACUAAAUAUGAUUGCACCCCUUCUCAACUGGCUCUUGCAUGGGUUCUCUAUCAAGGCAAUGAUGUGGCUCCUAUCCCAGGGACAACUAAGAUUAAAAACCUCGAUGAGAACCUUGGGUCCUUGAAGUUGAAGCUUUCCGAGGCUGAUAUCAAAGAAAUUGCUAAUUCUGUGCCCAUUGAUGAAGUUGCGGGUUCCCGAGCCUGGACUAACGCACACAAUUCCCUUUGGAUGUUUGCAAAUACCCCUCCAAAAUGAUAACCGUUUGCGUGCUCAGUGAUUAAAGACUUCAUUUCUUAUUGCUUGAUUUUCUGAUAGUUGUGAUGCUUACCUCUUAUGGGUGUAUAUGUUAUGUGGUGAAAAUUGUAGGAUUUUGCUAUUACUGCAAAACUGUAUCAUCAACAUGAACAUCUUGCUAACAUUUAUUCUCUACUAGUUACAGAUUGUGUUUGCUGUGCA